AGCAUUAUUUCGGUUAUCCUUGAUUGCAGAACGUUUUGUAUUAGUCCAUUGCUGCUAGUUGCUGCAAGCAUCAGUUUGAGAACUAUUCUUCUCUUUCAACUGCUAUGAUAUAUACUUGUUUUGUUGUAAAAAUAUUUUGGGAGCAUUGGGGUUUGAGAGCUCUCUCUUCAUGUUAGACAUUCCUAGCCAAUGUACGCUACAAAGUUGAUAUAUUGUUUACUAUGUGAUUUAGUGGGCCAAGAUAUCCGAGACAAUAGAUUCUCCGGUGGAGCUGAGGCAUUCGCAAGAAGGAACGCCAGUGGGCAUGGUUUGCAUGGUGAUCAUUCCAGACACAGAUCAUCUGAUGAUGUACCGUCUUCCAAGGAUGUGCAAGUUGAUUCAGAAAGGGUCCGCAGUAGUUAUAGGAAUGGAAGCAUCUCGAAGAGGCCUGUUUUAUCGAGCAGUCGACCAAGCUCCUCUGGGGAGCCUAGUGAAAUCCGAUCAAGUCGGCUGGUGUCAACAAGUAGUCGCCUAUCUGGAGGCCAAAGGGUUCAACCUGGUUUCGAGUCGAAAACAACAAACUUUACCCGUUCGUCAACUACAAAAGGUGGUCGUGAUGAUACACUCCGGAGCUUCGAGAUGUUGUCUAUUGGAACUGGGAAGAGGAAAUGAAAGAAAACAGAUGAAUCUUGGUAUAACUAGUGACGGUGUGAAUGGUCAAAACAUAACAACACCCUAUGUAUCUUCUUCUGUAAAAUGCUCCCAGCUCCUACGGUAUGUAUGUUAUAUGAUUUGAACCUUGUAUAUGUGUAUCGAUCAUCGGUUGGCUCGGUUCAUCCACACGUUACAAAAUCUAAUGAAAUUUGCUCUGCAAAAACACUGUUGGAAGCAAAACCUCCAUGGAUUUUCUUGAUUACAAUGGUGCUUGUUCUUGUUUGGUUCUAGGAAGUUGUUAAUAAUACAUUUGAGACAGUUACUCCAA